UGGGAAACAGGGAGGAUUUUCCUCAUAGACGGGUCAAACUGCUGGGAUAUUCCUACUGAAGCAGCCAGAACGGUGCAGUGGAGACGAACCGGAGUUUCCCCUGCUGUGGAUGGUGAUUGUUUUUUUUAUCUGGAGACAGAAUGGAAACAAACGGGAAGGCUGGGAGACAUGGUCUGGAAGGGGACGUGGACCUUCAAUUCCUGCUGAAAGGUGGAGACCUCAUCAAGGUUCGCUCAAGAUCGUGGCACAAGAACCGCUUCCUUAAAUUGAUGGAAGACUGCAGGACCAUGGGCUACCCGUCUCAGAAAUUCUGGAAACGAGACAAAACCUUCCUCAUCGAUGACAUCGAGUCUGUGCGCAAGGGCCGGCAGUCUGACGGGCUCCAAAAGUACACCAACGCCAGCGAGGAAGAGAAGUGCUUCUCUAUCAUAUUUAGGGGACACAAGAAGAACCUUGACUUCAUGGCCACCUCUCAGGAGGAGGCCCAUCGGUGGGUCACCAGCCUGGAGAAGCUGAUUAACAACAUGCACAACCUCAACAAGCAGCAGAAGAGUGAACACUGGAUCAUCAACUGCAUGCGGAAAUCAGACAAGAACAACGACAACAAGAUGACCCUGAAGGAGGUGAAGCACUUCCUGAGACAGAUCAACAUACAAGUCGACGACGCUUAUGCAGCCGACAUAUUUAAGAAAUGCGACACGUCAAAUUCGGGUACGCUGGAAGACCUGGAGAUCAAGCAAUUCUACGACCUCCUGACACAGCGCGAGGAGGUAGACGUGAUUUAUAACAACUAUGCUCAGACGGAGGGGGAGAUGAGCACCAGCGACCUGCAGAACUUCCUGCUGAACGAGCAGAGGGAGCAUGCCACCACGGCGAGCGCGCUAAAGCUGAUCGAGAAAUAUGAACCGGAUGAAACAGCAAAGCAGAAGAAGCACAUGACUAAAGACGGCUUCCUCAUGUACCUCAACCACGAGGAUGGGUCCAUUUUCAACCCAGCUCACUCAGCGGUUUAUCAGGACAUGAGUCAGCCGCUCAGUCACUACUUCAUCUCAUCCUCGCACAACACCUACCUGUUGGAAGACCAACUCAAAGGGCCCAGCAGCACAGAGGCCUACAUAAAGGCUCUGAUGAAGAGCUGUCGCUGUGUGGAGCUGGACUGUUGGGAUGGACCCAACGGAGAGCCGAUCAUUUACCAUGGCUACACUCUCACAUCCAGAAUACUCUUCAAAGAUGUCAUUAGAGUCAUCAAAGAAUUUGCCUUCAAGACAUCUGAAUACCCUGUGAUUCUGUCCCUGGAGAACCACUGCACAGUGGAACAACAAAAAGUCAUGGCCCAUCACUUGAUCUCCAUCCUUGGUGAUGCUUUGGUCACAAAGCCUUUGGGCAACACCAUACCCACCGACUUCCCCUCACCAGAGGAGCUGAAGGGUAAGUUCCUCAUCAAGGGGAAACGGCUGAACAAGCUGGACGCCAUGUUCUCCAACAACAACACUGUAGAGGAAGACACCGUGUCUGAGGAGGACGAGGCAGCGGACUGCAAGGAGAAUGGCGAGAAAGCAAAGCCAAAGAAAACAAAGAUCAAACUCGCCAAACAGCUGUCAGAUAUCGUCAUCUACUGUAAGAGCGUCCACUUCGGCGGGUUUGAACACGCCAAAGACAGCCAGGCCUUCUAUGAAAUGUCGUCUUUGAAGGAGAGCAAAGCCUUCAACCUGGCUGAGACUUCAGCCACUGCCUUCAUCCAUCACAACAUGGACAAACUGACCAGGAUCUACCCCGCCGGCUCCAGGACGGACUCCUCCAACUACAACCCCGUUCCCAUGUGGAACGUUGGCUGUCAGAUCGUGGCUCUGAACUUCCAAACUCCCUCGAAGGAGAUGCACCUUAACCAGGGUCGUUUUAUGCCAAACGGUUUUUGCGGCUACAUCCUGAAACCCCAGUUCCAGAGAAGCCUGUCGUCCCAGUUCAAUCCGAACAGACUCACCAAAGGGCCGUGGCUGCAGCAGAAGACCCUCCAUGUCAUGGUGAUCUCCGCUCAGCAGUUGCCUAAACUGAACAAGAACAAAAAUAAGUCCAUCGUUGACCCUCUGGUAAGAGUGGAAGUUCACGGGGUCCCCGCAGACAACGGCAGUAAAGAGACGCACCACAUCGAAAACAACGGGUUCAACCCCUCGUGGAAUGAGAGUUUUCAGUUUCCAAUCCACGUUCCCGAGCUGGCCCUGCUGCGCUUUGUGCUGGAGGACCACGACGCCGCGUCACAGAACGAUUUCAUCGGGCAGUACUGUCUGCCGCUCGCCAGCAUUCAGAACGGAUAUCGGCAUGUCCCGCUGCUCACCAAGAGGGGCGACGUCAUCGCGUCUGCAGGCUUGUUUGUGCACGUCAUGCUCGUGGAACAGCAGUAGGAUUAUGUAGGAGAGAAAACCUUCGCACAAUCACGGACGCGUCUUAAUAUUCAGCAGCGGAGCAGUGAAUAAGUGUAGGUCCACUAAAACUUUGUGUGGGAUUCCUUCUGACUGUUUAUUUUUUGUGUGUGUGUGUGUUUUAUUUACAUAAUAUUUUAUUUGAGCUAUUGUAUUGUAACAAAAGUGAGCGUGAUUGAAACUGUGAGUGAAUGAGAGGAGUUGGAAGUCAUUUAACUGUAACUGUUCUUUUUUUCUCUCCUGGAAGAGUAAUUAUCGUAGUUUUUACACGGCUGCCUGCGUCUAACUUACUGUGCAAUCUCUGAGUAGUAUUAUGUCAAGAAACAAAUAUUUGUGCCUUCGUUGUGUUUUCUUUCUAGAUUUUCUGAGUAGAACAAACCUUAAUAUAUGCAAAGUCUCACUUAUCCGGGUCAUCGCAACAGCAAACAGGCUUAAAUCGGAGGCAGCCGGACCUUUGGUUCAGUUCUUUCUGAAAAUGUUUCAACACUUAUCCAGGAGUCUUUGUCAAUUCUGGUGGAUCGCACUUGAGUAACCUGUAGUUGGCGCAUUCUCAGUCAGAAUGCAAAUCAAUGACCCACUCGUCACUGUCCCGGGUUAUUAGAAGCUAUUGCUUGGUGUGAGUGGAGUACUUGGUCACCUGAAUCAUGAUGCGAUGCUGAUGUGAUCUCUGUGGAAUGAGGAGGAUCGAGCUGUAAACGCCGGGGAGUUCUCAGAAAGAACUGAACGGAAGUGAGGUCGCCUCCUAUUUAAGCCUGUUUGCUGUCUUAUACUAUAUAUAUCUAUAUAGCUAUAUAUAUAUGUAUAUAAAUCUAAUUAUUGCAGGGAUGUGUACUAGGCAUGGGCUGGUUACAGGUAUCAAGGAAUAUUUGGGUUUUUAAAAGCCAGUUUUAAAACUAUUUCUGCCAUGGUUUACAUAAAGUCUGAAGUCUUUUUCAUGAGAUACCUCAAAAAGUGCUAUAGAAGUGCAUAGAAUAUCAUAGCACUCCCAUUGCCAGACAUUUUGCUUCUCUCUGCCACACAGCUGUUAAAAAAAAAAGGCCACUAAACUUGUCCGUCGCAUAGAGAAACCACAAACUCGGCAUGUUGGAAAUAUUUCCAGAACAAAACACAAAGGCUCCAAGUAUUUCUCUAUAAGAAUGUCAAAAUGUUGCUAAAAUAUGAGCUUUUUGGUCUUGAAAACCUCUAGAUUUGCACGUUGUUGUUGUCUUAACACUCCGAUAAACAGAAAAUAAAUUUCUUUUUUCUAAAGAUUAUUAUGCUGUGACCCUCUCAUGCCAGCCAAUGCCUAGUCUGUUGUUAUUUUUAUGUUCCUAAAUGGGAAUCAUCUUGUCUAUUUAGUGCAAUGUGUUGGUUUAUGUGCCUUUGUGAACUCCUCCUGAAUCCAAGGGCUGGUGCCUUAGAUAUGGCUGCCCUACGAUGUUUUACACAGACAUGAUGACCAGAACGCAUGCAGUUAUUUAAUAAAACUGACUACAAUUUAAUAAACUGCAUUGACCACAUUUUAUUCCACAAAACGUGUUUUUAUAACAACGUCAUGUCUAGUUAGUCAUGUCUCUUGUUAGCAUUUGCACUAGUUCUUGAAUAAAAGCAGUCUCAGCCUCUCA